CUUCGUCAACUUCGAAGUUCCUUUCCAUAUUCCUCCGCUUAUUUCCACGGUCGAAAAUCAGUUUGGUAAGGAGAAAAACUCUCAAAGCCUACUCCCAACAAACAAUCAUGUCCGCUUCAAUAGCGAAUCCCAUCUCUGCAACUCCUCUCCGUUUCCAUUUCAAUCGUAAGAACAACAUUUCCUUCUCCGACUGCAUCUCGAUAUCUUCUGGAUUCCGACAUUCCCCACCGUCUUCCCUCGAUCUGGUCGCGAAACCGCCGACCAACACUCGCGUUUCCCAUCUCGUUAGAGCUCAAGGCUCUUAUGAUUAUAUUCCAGACUCAAAGUUUUACAAGGUUGAAGCAAUUGUCAGGCCAUGGAGGAUCCAGCAUGUUUCAUCGGCUCUAUUGAAAAUUGGGAUUAGAGGUGUUACGGUUUCUGAUGUUCGAGGGUUUGGUGCACAAGGGGGAUCCAAAGAGAGACAUGGUGGUAAGUUAAUGAGUUCAAGGAACAGUACACGUCUGAACUGCAGUAGUGAAGUCUUUACCAAUUAUCGACCAGGAGGCUUUGAAAAACUCUGCUGUGAAUCCAUCUGGCCCUGGGGACUUAUUAUUUGGCAUCCGGAACAACACCUCUCGAAUCUCAUCAUCAGUUAUCGGCUUAAUCAAUCGCUCUCUCUCAAUACUAGAACACCGAAAAGGAAGGAAUUGUUGCAGCUCUUCGACUGAUAUGGCUUGAAUUUCCGGGGGCUCAAAGGAUAGGAAUUCACUAAAAAAUCUCUCAGCCUCAGCUUUGAUAUCGUCCUGAGAAGUGGCCAUUACACCUGAUUGGCAUCUUAUUUCUCGAAUAGCAUUUAUAGCCCCUCUAAUCUUCACAGCAUUAUGAAAAGCUUUAUUAUUACCAUCUCCCAAUUGCAACCAGUGCAUCUUUGACCUUUGCUUUAACACUUUCUCCUCUAUCGUUGAGAUUCUUUGCCACCUCUCUUCAAUUAUCAGUUCUUCAUGAAUGUUUUCCAGAUUGGGGUCUUCCAUUAAUCUCUCUUGCUGCUUGCAGAGAUUAUUAUAAGCCUCUUUUACCUUCAUAGACAACUUUCCCAGCUUCUCCUUACUCAAUCUUCUGAUCAGAGGCUUCAGGGCUUUAAGAGAUUUGGAAAAUCGAAAAAGAGCUGAAGUAGACUGAAAGAGAGGUUGAUUUUCCUUCCAGUGGUCUUCAAUCAUCUUAAUAAAAUCCGACAUCUCAGCGACUGCAUUAGUAAAUUUAAAUGGUCUUCGCUUCCCUACAGCCUCAGUUUGCAAAUGAAAUCUGCCUCUAAGGUGAUCAGAACAGCCUCCAGCCUCAAAAACUCCAUACGAUUUGUCUUGUCGUUGCAGCCAAGUAUCAUUAACAAGAAAUCGAUCCAGCUUCUUACAUAUAAGACCCUCUUCUCUCUUAUUGCACCAGGUGAAUUUCGGUCCUUGACUACCAAGAUCCACAAGCCUGCAGUACUGAACUAUGCUCUCAAAAUCACGCAUCCCAGAAUUAGUUAACCCCGAGUCUUGAUAACUAGAAUGCUCCUCCCCAUCAAGAAUCUCAUUAAAAUCACCCAUAAUUAUCCACUGCUUCCCUCUAAACAUUGCUGCAUCUUGAUGAUCCUUAAUAUCACUCCAUAACUCCUUUCUAUCCUCCAUGACAUUUUCUCCAUAAACAAAUGAGCAAAAGAACUCCUCUGUCUCCCCUUCUAGUAAUACUGAAACGGUAAUUAUCUGACUUGAUUUGAAUACUAGAGUUAGCCGCGUCUGAGGACUCCAAACAACCCAAAUUCUCCCCUUCCUGCUAAACUCAUAAUUAUUUAUCCAAGACCAACCAUAGAACACUGAAGAAACAAUAUGCUUCGCCUUACUCUCCUUUACUCUGGUCUCCAACAGACAACCAAACUUCAAAUCUUUAUUAAGAAUCCAAUCUUUAACUACACCAUGCUUCGAACUUUUAUUAAACCCUCUUACAUUCCAGAAGAAUCCUGUCAUUGAGAGGUUUUUUGAUAGGCGUUUCUGCCUUGAUUACCAGGCCCAGGUUUCUCAGGAAAGACCUUAUGAUUAGCUUUCGAAGAUCUCGGCAAAGACGGUCGAAUGUUGUUGACCAGAUCAGCUUUUGUAGAUUUUUGAACUGCUUUACUAAUAACAUCAUUCGAAGGAGAUUUCACAAUAUCACAGUAGGUUGGUGAUCUCACUACGUUCACUUCCCCCUCUGCACUUUCCACUCCCUUAUCUCUGUCUUCCUUAUCUUUAUUUACCUCCUGUUGUUUCCCCUCUUCCCUAUCAAUUGCCUCUUCUCUAGUUUCAUUCUCUUCUACAAGAUCAUCCUUUUUUAUUUCUUCUAUCCCUGUAUUCUGCUCUUCAAUAUCCUCCUUGUGCUGAACUACCUCCAUUUGUGUUACUUCCUCGGUACUCUUCGCUCUAUCCAACUCGCCAUAAUCAUUUAGUUCAUUAAGUAUCAGGAAUCUUGAUGGCGUCACCAGUUUGUCUUGACCAUACGUAAGCACUCUCUUCGUUGGACUUCUACUUUUCCCUGCAUUUACAUUCUUCCACCCUUCAUCUAUCUGCCCCUCCUCAAGUUCACCCACAACUGCCUCUAUCAGAAUUCCCUCUAUACCUUCAGAAUUAGAAGGCCCAAUUUCAAGGAUGCUCACUUCUUCAAUGCUUUUCCCAGUCUCCUUGGCUUUCUGCAUCAUAUUCCUCAGUAUCUGUUCAGUCAUACCAACCCCAUCCUUUUUAUUCAUCACACAAGAUUUCUCCACAUGUCCCCACUUGCUGCAGGUUUGGCAUCGAAGUGGAAGCCAUGGAUAACUGAAUUCCACUAAGAAUGACUUUCCAUUUUUUUGUGAAAUUUAUCUUAGAAGGCAGCUCUUUUGACAAAUCCACAUUCACAAAAACUUUAGCCAACUUGAAGUUUGAGCAAGAGGCAGUUUCAGGAUGCAAUCUCACUGGAAAUCCUGCUGCGCUUGAGAUGAAACUCAAUCCCUGCCAUGAGAACAUGUGCAUGGGCACAUUUUUAAGGUGAACCCAUAAUGGAAUAGACUUGACUUCUGGCUUCUCCUUUAGCUCGUCUGGCGCCCACAGCACUCCCAUGAUUCACAGAUCCCCGUUGUAUCUCACCUUCACCCUGUUUCUCCGAUCCCAGUUGUUUCCCCAAAUCCUUUACCCCGAUUGAUUCACCAUGGUUCGUCUUCGUAUUCCGCGUAUCCCGAUCGUCUUGAACCCCCAUCGGAGAGUCAGACAAACCCGGCGGAUCCGCCGUAUCCAUCUCGAAACCCUUGAUCGCCAAAUCGCCUUUCUUUUCGCUUUACCAAAACGGAGCGUUUUAAUUAACGGAGCAAACUUAAAGCGUUGUCUUUUCUAUCGCACUCGCAAUCGCUUUAUUUCAAAAAAAAUGUUUGACUUUUCCUUUAUUUGUGUUGUCACCUCAACAUGGGUUUUCAAUAAAAAAGCUACGUAUACGUGUGUAUAAACUAGAAAAAUACUAAUUGCUUAAAAAGAUCAAAUAUUUUGAUAUGAAAUAUUUUAUUUUGAGAUAAUUUUAUUUUUAUUCAGUAUAUUUUUAAAAAAUUAUGAAGCAUUUUAAUGAGAUGUUCUAAACUCCAAAUUAAAAUAAGAGUAUUUUUAGUUGCUAUAAAUUAAAAAAAAACAAUUUAGCAUUUAAAUAAUAAUAAUAAUAUUUUAGUAUUAUUCAUGAAAUUUUUCAAAUUUUUUUUAUUGAUUGAGAUAAUAAUUUGUAUUUUACUUUAAAAAUACGAGACAAUGAAAAAAUAAUCCAAAAUUUCUCCCUGUUUUAUUGAACUUUGUUGAAUUUUAUUCUCCUUACUCACCUCUGACAUUCAUAUGAGAAUCAAUAUAAAAAUAUAAUUGUAUUUGAUAUUUUGAAAAAUGAAUUAUUAUCAUCAAAACAUAUUGUUGACUAUUUUGUUACUAAUUCAAAUGAUUUUAAGCUGAUAAAAUGGUAUUUGUGAGGUAAUAUGAUGGAAAUUUUUGGAUUACCUAGUAGAGGUUUAGGUGGUCAUGAGUUCAAUUUUAGUUAAUUAGGAGAGUUAACAUGCUUUAAACAUUCUAAUAAAGAGAUGUAUAGAUUUUUGAAUCUACAACCUUCGAGCCAUCCAGAAAAUAAAUAAAUAAAAGAUAAGGAAUGAGUUAAAAAAUUUCAACGAAAAUAAUAAUAAUUGGAUUAAUUGACAACCUGAAUCUGAUAGAUGAUUUACAAAAUAUACAUUUGAAUAGUAAAUGUAUUUAUAUUUUCAACAAACUAUUUAUAAAAUUAUGUUAUUUGUAAUAAAUAUAUUAUUGAUAUUUAUAAUAGUAAAUAAAGUGAAAUAAAAUAUUUAAAAGAAAUGUAAGAUAUUUCAAAAUCUUAAAGGAAAUUUCCACAAAUACCACAUUCAUAAUAUCACUUUCUAUGUUUACACUAACCACUAUUAUUUUCACUUUUAAUAAAUGGUAAAUAGCACUUAUACCCCUAGGAUUAACUAAUCUAGACUUAGAGUUUGGAGUUGAGGGGUGAGUUAGGUUUUUUGGAAUGUGAAAUUUAGGAUUCUAAUAAAUAUAUAAAUAAAUACUUAAAAAAUAUUUAAAUUUUUAAAAAAUAGUUUUAAACAUAAUUUUUGAUUUUCAAAAAAAGAAAUUAAAAAAUAAAUCAUAAAAAAUCGAAUUUAAAAAAGUAUAAUUCAAAAACAUAAAAA